AUGGAAUACAAUAAAGUUGAUGUGGUUUUUUUUUUUCUAUCAGGUACUAACAGGGCACUGCUUUGCAAAUCCACAGUUGAUGGACUACAGGUCACCCAGCUUAAUGCAGAUCACACAACAGAAAAUGAGGAUGAGAUAUUCCGACUAUCCCAGCUUGGAUUGGACACAGUCAAGAUAAAACAGACUGCUGUAAUUGGGGGCCAAGCAAGUACCCGCAGGAUCGGUGAUUAUAAAGUAAAAUAUAACUUCAAUGACAUGGAGUUGCUGAGUGCAGCCAAAUCUAAACCAAUCACAGCAGAGCCGGAAAUCCAUGGAUGCCAGCCUCUGGACGGAGUUACAGGUUUUCUUGUGCUGAUGUCAGAGGGUCUUUACAAGGCUUUGGAAGCUGCACACGGGCCUGGGCAAGCUAAUCAGGAAAUAGCAGCAAUGAUUGCCACAGAGUUUGCCAAGCAAAUGUCUCUGGAUGAUGUGGCACAGGCAGUAGUGGAGAGAGUGAAGAGGAUACAUCAUGAUACCUUUCUCAGUGGUGGAGAACGGGCCAAGUUCUGCACCAGACAUGAGGACAUGACCCUUCUUGUUCGUAACUUGGGCUAUCCCUUAGAAGAAGCCAACCAGCCAGCCUACUCUGACACCGACUCAGGAGGUGGUCGAGUAUACCCUGUGUCUGUGCCCUAUUCCAGUGCACAAAACACUAGCAAAACCAGUGUUACUCUGUCGCUGGUAAUGCCAUCACAAGGGACAAUGGUGAACGGAACUCACAGCAGCUCAACACUGGAUGGAGCGACUCCAACCUUAUCAAGGCAAUCGCCAAGUGCUACGCUUCAGUCCACCAACACGCAUACUCAGAGCAGCAGUUCCAGCUCAGAUGGUGGCCUCUUCCGCUCUCGCCCAUCUACCUCUCUUCAGCCAGAUGAAGAUGGUCGUGUGGAGCCUUAUGUGGAUUUCACAGAAUUCUACCGACUCUGGAACAUGGAACAUGGGGAUCCUUCAACUCUUGUAACUGCGCAGUGA